GGCUGAUGAACAAGACGAAAGCAGAGCAUAGAUAUUAGAGUAUAAAGCCUCCAUUACCUAUGAAAGUUGCAGCAAUCACAGUUUAAGCAACAAUGGCAGAAAGCACAAGUCCAGCUAUCACUAUGACUUGUGAGGUUUGUUCAGAGUAUUACACUGACCCCAUCAUGCUUCCCUGUCUUCACUCAUUCUGUAAGAAGUGUCUAAUAAAAGCUAAAGAGAAGCAAGGUGGUACUGGUACCUCAUUAAAGUGUCCAACGUGUGACACUAGCGUUAAUUUACCUGAUGGUAAAAUUGAAGGCCUCACUCAAAACCUUUGGCUUGAACACAAAUCAAAAGAGGCCUUGAUCAAAAAGAAAAUUAGUAGCAAGGAAGCAAUAUCAUGUGACAAAUGCAAUGUUGAUGAUUCCAGUGAUGCAGCUGUUGUGUAUUGCUGUGAUUGUGGCCAGUUUCUGUGCGAUUAUUGUAAGAAAGGUCAUAAGCGAAGCAGGAAAGAAGCCAAUCACAAGUUGAUCAAUCUAGAAACAAAGAAAUCUAUUGAAUUGCCUGCUAUUAAGCAUGAGGCAGUUUACUGUGCACGACAUUUAGACCAAAAGCUGACGUACUAUUGCAACGAUUGCAAUAGAUUGGUUUGUCAAAUUUGUCUUAACGUUAAGCAUAAAAGUCACAAUUACAAUGAUUACCUUGAUGAAGGUGACACAGCGCGUAAAGCAUUAAAGGAAAGUGUUGCUAGUUGUGAUGGAGUCAUUCCUCCAGUCACUGAAGCUAUUGCUAAUGGAGAGAAGAUGCUAGAGCAGAUAGCAACACGUAAAGAAGAAGUAAGGCAGGAAAUCAAGGAAACGUUUGAAGAGCUUAAAAGAUCCUUUGAUGUGGGGAGUGGUACCAGUGGUGUUGCUGUUCAUACUAAUGGUGAAGUAUUUGCUAGUAGUAAUGAUGGGUUUGUUCAAGUAUUUAGUGAGGAUGGUACUGCAGUAAGAAGGAUUGGAUCUAAAGGUAAUGGUAAUGGACAGUUUGACAGGCCUUGGGGUUUAUUGUUGGUAGGAGACAGGCUCUAUGUGUCUGAUAAUAAUCUUCAUCGUGUGCAGUAUUUCUCAGCUACUACUGGUCAUCCUCGUGGUAUGUCUACUGAUGGUAAAGGUAAUAUAUUAGUAGCUGAUAUCAGCAACAAAAGAGUACAAGUGUUUAAAGAAGAUGGUACAUUUGUACAAGUCACAGAAUGUGAUGCUGGUAACUUUAAUAAUCCUGAUGGUAUUGCUAUUGAUGAUGAAGGAUAUAUCUUUGUAUCAGUUUAUAAUGGUGGUACUCCUUUUCUUCAUGUAUUGAGUCCUGACAGGAAAGAAGUCAAAUUAAUCUCAGUAUCUUACCCGUUUGGUAUAGCACUGGAUAAGGAUGGAUAUAUUUAUGUUGAUGAUUAUAGCAACAAACGUAUAAUAAAAUAUUAA